CUCCAUGUGGGAGUCGCGAACUGUCAACAUUGACUCGCGGAGGAGAUCCGAGAACAGAAACCUUUUCCACUUUGGAACGUACGAGCCGAGAACAUCUCAACAUGAAGGUUGUGGGAUCUACAUGCGCCUUGAAAAGCAAAGUCGGCGGCGAGGACGUGGUCCGGUGCCUCUCCGAGCAGAGCCUGACCAUCUCCAAAUGCAAGAUCCCGCUGCUGGAUGAGCAGAUGAGCGCCUUCCUCCAGGACAUGAACAGCUGCUACAGCAAACUCAAGGAGCUGGUGCCCACCUUGCCCACCAACAAGAAGGCGAGCAAAGUGGAGAUCCUGCAGCACGUCAUCGACUACAUCUGGGACCUGCAGGUCGAGCUGGACGAGCCGGAGAAGAGCCGUCAUCAGGCGGUCGGCAGCGUGCAGCGCACGCCGCUCACGACCCUGAACGCGGAGCUCGCCAGCAUCGCAGUGGAGAACGGGUGCUCGGAUGACAGGAUCAUGUGCCGUUAAGAGCUCGCGGAGCAUCCCCAAGAACCCCGCAAGGCUUCCGGGAUCUCACCAUCCAGGAGGAACCUUGAACUGUGUUGGGACGUUUUACACUUCCCUCCCCCCAAAAGGUCGCAUGGACAUUCCUCAGUGGAGAAGAUGUCCGAUUAAGGAUGUCUCACGGAGGCUCUCCGUUCAUCUGAGGGUCCCGACAGAGGAAGGUGUCCGCACGGAGACGGGUUGGCCCCCGGUGUGGGGGGGACCGACGCCAGUCCUGCACAACCUGCAAGACUCCGUUCCAUUCUUGUAUCUUGUGUUUAAGACAUCGUUCCACAUUUCUGUAAAGAAACUUUUCUCAGAUUCCUGAGCGACAAACUGUAUUGUAUAUUACAAUGCCACAUUAUGUGAACAUAUUGUUUUCUUACAAUCUACAUGUUUUUUUAUUAAAACAAGACCAUUAUUUUUCAACUA